AUGCCUCCAGAACCAGAACUAUCACUACAACCACCACCAAUACCACCAAAACCUCCAGGACUAAGUGUAUCGAUGCCUGCACCACGAUCAUCAAUAUCAAUAUCUCAAAAUGGUCGAUCUCGUGUACAACUUUAUACUCCUAUUUAUAUUGCUAUUGAAAAUUAUUCUAAAACGAAAGAUACUUAUAUGUCAUUUGAAUUAGGCGAUGAAAUGGAAUUAAUUGAAGAAAUUAAUUCUUUAGAAUUGCAUGUUAAUCAUUUACGUUCUGGUCUUUAUGGUAUUAUACCGAAAAAUCUUGUUCAACUCAAUAAAGAAACACCACUUCGAUUAGCUGUUAAUGAUGCAGGUAUAAUACAACAAUGUCUUAUGCAAUAUAACGUACCCGGUGCUUAUCUUAUUCGACGUAGUGCUACAAAUCCAGAAGCUUUUGUAUUAAGUAUUUUACAAUUUAAUGAAAAACAUAAUACUUUAUAUUGGCAUUAUUUAAUUUGUAUUAAUCAAUCGAAUAAUUGUUUCUAUUUUGCAAAAGAAGAAUCAUUUAAAAAUAUUUUUUUUUCAUCAUUUCAAAAACUUAUUAAUGAUGAACGUGUACGUAAUUUUAUUCCUUUAACUGAUAUUCUACCAGAUUCAAUUGAAUUUGAAGAAGAAAUUUGGAAAAUACCAUUUGAUGAAUUAAAUAUUGAAUAUAAAAUUGGUGAAGGUCAAUUUGGUGAAGUAUUUCAUGCAAAUUGGCAUAAAGAUCAAAGAAUAAUAUCUGUAGCUGUAAAAAAAUUACAUGUUUAUACAUUUACGAAGACGAUUAAACGAGAAAUUGAAGUUAUGAAAAAAUUAACAAAUUUAUAUAU